UAAAACUAACAGAGGAAGCUGUGUUUCACACAGCCUGGAACUUCUUGCCUCUAGAUGCAAAAAAGAAUUGGGCAUAUUCUUGGAGGAAAGGCGCAUCAGUGGCUAUUAAACCUGGGAACUAGGGGCACAACCUUUGAGUUAGAUCUUCCUGGACCUUUACGUGCUGGAGGCAGCGGAACCAACGCUGGUCAGACCCUUUCUCUCUGCCGCUGCCUGACGCGGCAAACCGGGCACGGCGGACCGGCGGUCGGGCCCAGCAAACAGCGGCUCUUACGUGACGAAAGGUAGAGCUGGCACGUCUGCACAAGGCUGAACUCCCCCUUGGCCCCUGCGCUGCAGCGGGACGAGCCGCCAUCGCUGUGGCCUGGGGCGUCCCCCCAGCGGAGGAAUGACCCGCUUCGCAAGGACACCCCGGCUCCCGCCCACCAGGUCACGCACUGGGCGGGGCGCGCUCUCGUGCCAUGGCGGAGCCGAGCCGGACGCCUGUGGCGCGGGCUGUGCUGCAGCAGUGCCUGUCCGCGCGGCUGCAAGUGAAGGCUGCCGAGCCCGGCGCCGCCGCCGAGUGGGUGCAGGUUCAGAGAGGACUUGUUAUCUACAUAUGCUUCUUUAGAGGAGCUAAUGAGGAACUCAUUCCAAAAAUGGUUAAUACCCUGUUGAAUGUUAAAUUAAGUGAAACUGAAAGUGGCAAGUAUGUUUCUGUUCUGGAUUUACCAGGCAGUCUUCUAAUAAUACCCCAAGCCACGCUGGGUGGCAAAUUGAAGGGAAGAAACAUGCAGUACCAUAACAAUACAGAAAAAGAAAAAGGGAUGGAGCUUUACUCCCAGUUUGUGACUCAGUGUGGGAAAGAACUGGCUGCUAAUACCAAGUGUGCUGAAGCAGGCGUUGUUGUCAAGUAUGGCACGUAUGGAAACAGGCAGGUGUUAAAACUGGAUACAAAUGGACCUUUCACUCAUAUAAUUGAAUUUUGAAAAAUAAGCUUUCCAUGUAUAAUUAUUUCCAACCAAAUGUAGUAUUUUCCAUUUUUGUAAGUGAAAGUGGCCCUAGAAUAAUUUGAAAGUGAAGAAAUAGAAAAAUGGUUUCAAUAAACUUCCAUUGGUUUUAAGUCCACAAAUGCAUUGAUAAUUAGAAAUCAGUCUCUACAUCCUCAGGUGUCUUAUUGUUAUUUUUAUCUGAAAUAUUUUGUAAAUGAAAUGUAUUCUACUUAUACAUCUCAGGUAAGUACAUUAUUCACUUAGCUGCAUGACACAAUGCUAUGUUACUUACAUAAUACUGGUUAGCUGAAUACCUGUUAAGUCAUACAAAACUUAUGCGCAUAAAAUGUUUCAUUUUCAUUGUCUAUUUUGUAACUAACUGUAUUCCCAUUAACUGCACUAGAAACAAUGAGGAAGCAGCUUUCAACAUGCUGCUAUUAGAAGCCUUGAAAAUGACAGAAGUUAGUCAGUAUCCCCAUCUGUUAUCUCCCUUUGCUUUCAAAGUUUUCUAAUAGCAGCCUGAAACUGAAUAUUAAAAGCCUUAAAAGUGAGGGGAACAAGUUAGUUUUAGGACUACUAACAUUUACAGUCUGAUAAACAUUAAGUGAUGGAAGUACCCUUUAGCAGGGGCUGGGGCCUGCUACAGACCUGUGGGCCCAGCUGUGCUGGCAAGAGACUUACCUGACUGGGUCUGGAAGGGCUGAUGCCCCCGGUGCUCUGGGGAACAGUGUCUGGGAAGAACCCCGGAAGUGAGUAGGCCUCCAGGGGCACUGAACCAUGUGCACCAGGGAGCCUGCUUUGACUGGCCAGAAAAAGAGAGCGGGGAAUUUAAAGGGAUGUCAAGAAGACCUUCAAUAUUUGGCAUUCCCCAGGAACGGGGAAGUGCAGUGGAGCCGGGAGCUGCGUGCACUGGGGCAGCAGAGGACUCACACCACUGAACUCUCCCAGGUUGCCAAGACCCAGGUGAGCCCCGAGUGAACAGCCACUUGCCCUUGCAGGAAAAGCUAGGUAAAGUGGGCAGUUGGGAAGGGGAAGUCAUACUGGCCGCACUAGAGACAGGAUCCAGAGGGAAGUCUGUCCCAGGGACCCAGUGGAGGCUGGCGGGGGUGAGAAAACUCAGAUCACAAAGACAGUGGCGAGGUUUAGAGGCAAGCCCAGGCAGGCAAAGAUUCAGGGAGCUACAUGAUAAGCCCUGAAGAAUAAGAAGUAAAAGAAAAGGGUUUAAGCCAUACCCUGAAUGGGAUUAUAGGGAAAAUUAAAGAAGAACACAUAAUUAAUUUAGGAAUUUGGAUGCAGGUGGGACCAGAUUGGGAAAUAGGCCGUCAUUUACUUUAAUGGGCUAACUAAGUGCAGCUGCAAAGGUUGGGCCCAGGGGAUAUGGAUUUGUGAGUACAAGGGCCCUGCAGCUAGGAUCCAGGAGGCAUCAAGUAGAUUAGGUUGUAAAGCCUGAAGUAAGUUUUUGAAAAAUAAACCAAAAGGAAAAGAUAAUAAAUAAGUUGAUCUAAAGGACUAGCAAAAUGAAUCCCUGCCCUAUGUGAAGAAAGACACAGGGUAAUUAAGGCAUAAAGAGUAUAGUGAAUGUCACAUAUGUGGAUGGACAAACAACUCAACCGUGGGUAGAUAAUUCACAGGAACCAGGACAAGAACCAGUGAGUGACAAACAAGAGACACGGAGCAAUCCAGGGAUCCGAUCCAGGGAGUCCUCCCCACACAAGGCCAUGGGGACUUUUUUGCCUCAAGCCUCAGGAAAGGGGCAGGUUGUAGGAAAGGUGGAGCCCUGCAGAAGAAACAGGACCCCACCAGAUGGAUCUUCUGCCAACGAGUCAUCCAGUCUACCUAAAAGAAACAACUUGUCAAGGCAUGGCAGGGGAGCGGGAGAGCAUGAUGAAGAUCCAUAGCAUUACAGCACAGUGGCAGGGCCGGAAUACACAUGGGCUCACAUACCUGCUCCGAAACUAUCUUCUCCCUUUUUCAAGUCUUCUAAUUAGUGUUGGGUCUGCUAUAAGAAGCUUUGAAAACUAGAGGAACUUUUAAUGACUACAGUUUGGGAGCUGUUUAUGCCACAGCAAUAUGUAGUUAAAAAGCACUAUUUGGAGUAAGGAUAAAUUCACUCUCCAGGUAAGUGCAUAGUUGUUUACCAGUCUUGAAGCUAUAUGCUAAAAUAGAGUACGCUCUCAUUAAAAGUCAGUACAAUGAUAGGCUAGGGACAGAAGUUAUGCAUAAACCGCUUUAAAUGAUCAGAAACCAUAGAUUCAUAGAUGUUAGGGUCGGAAGGGACCUCAAUAGAUCAUCAAGUCCGACCCCCUGCAUAAGCAGGAAAGAGUGUUGGGUCUAAAUGACCCCAGCUAGAUACUCGUCUAACCUCCUCUUGAAGACCCCCAGGGUAGGGGAGAGCACCACCUCCCUUGGGAGCCCGUUCCAGACCUUGGCCACUCGAACUGUGAAGAAGUUCUUCCUAAUGUCCAAUCUAAAUCUGCUCUCUGCUAGCUUGUGGCCAUUGUUUCUUGUAACCCCCGGGGGCGCCUUGGUGAAUAAAUCCUCACCAAUUCCCUUCUGUGCCCCCGUGAUGAACUUAUAGGCAGCCACAAGGUCGCCUCUCAACCUUCUCUUGCGGAGGCUGAAAAGGUCCAGUUUCUCUAGUCUGUCCUCGUAGGGCUGGAGUAGGGACCAGUUUAAACCUGUAACAGGACAGAAGUUCAUUGCACAUAAACUACUUUUAAAAUGGCUGAAACUGGAUUAAGAUAAACUUGGUUGAAUGUAGUAUCAGACUUAACUGGUUUGGGUCAAACUAAUUUAUGGAACUUCUGUCCCAGCCCCCUUCCUGGUUCAAGUUAACUCUCAGUCCCCCAGCAUCCCAGGAUGCUUUGCAGCCCUGGGCUGAGCUGUGCUGUCUGUUCCAGCAGAGCAAGGUUGGCCUCUCUCUCUGCUCCCUAGCUGGAGCACUAUAACUACUUCAGCUGGCUGAGAAGGGCAUGGGGGUGAGAAACCCUGCUCGGGACGAGAGCUGGGUCUGGCUGGCAGGGGCAGAGCAGCCACUCACAGGCUUUUCCACCCCUUACCACUUAGGCGGAGGAGGUGGGGGUGUAGCCAGACACUGGCCCCAGGCUGCCAUGCUGAGGGGGGGAGUGGGGUGGUUUAAACCCCCUCUCCCACUGACAUGGGACCCGAGCAGGGUCCACCUAGGGGGUGGGAGGUGUGAACAGAUGCUGGCCCGGGCUGGCACACUGAGGCAGAGGGGAGGGAGGGGGAUUUAAACCCCCCUCAGAGUUUAUUGCAUCAUGUUUACAAAAACUUGCAUCUUUAUAGGUUUAACUAUUGCUGCCAAUUUCUAAAAGGUUUUUGCUUAUUUCUCCUGAGGUACUAUUUCCUGCAGGUAGAAAGGUUUAACCCCAUCCCUCCUCUCUGCCUCAGUGUGCUGCACCCCUGGCUGGGGUCCCAUGCGGGCAGGGGGGAGGGGAUUUAAACCCCCCACCUCAGUGUGCCAGCCGUUGGAGUGGUGAGCAGAGCAAAGGUAGGCAGGAGCUGCUGCACCCUCUGCCAAGCAGACCCCGGUUGGGUUCCCGUGCCAGUGAGAGAGGGGUUUACAAACAAAAAGAAAGAAGUGUUUAAAUUUUGUUAGCUACUAAGUAAAACAGUUUUGGAAAGAACAAGUCUAUAGAGGAGGAGUCAGUUCCCUGUGCUCAAUUCUCUGCUAUGCCACAGAGCUCCUGCAUGAUCUGGAGUAGGGACUUUAAGUAGCAAACUGAAAUCUGACAAAGGCACUAUUUUCUCCCUUAGUUUGUAGAAGUCAUUGUUACCUUCAUGUCAUUGAGGCCACAAAUUUAGGAAGACUUGCAAUAAAAUUGAACACUUAUAUGGGUAACAGUUAUAUUUAAUUAAAAAAGAAGGGUUCUAAAAGGAAUAUAAAAACCAUGUGCUUGAGAAUUUAUGUCAUUCUUCAAGAAUUAGGGAUAAGGGCUGGGAGAGAGAUUGCUCCACAUUACUGUUGGGUUUUUUAUACCUUCUUCUCGUACAGGCCACUGCCGGAAUAGGAGUUGACCAGAAGGACCAUGGUUCUGAUCCUGAAUUACAAGUCCUAAAUUCCUAUUUACCAUAUUUCUGUCUGCUGUAUUCUGUGGUGCAGUCCUGAAUCAUGGCUUGAUAUUUGAAAAGAAUUUUUCUGAUUUGAGUUUCUUACAAAAUGUAAUUUAAUGUAAAGUAAUUAUCUUCAGGCUCAAACUACAUUACAAGAAUCCAGUUUUGUGAAUGGAUAUAUGGCUCUGUAUUGUAAGUACAGAAGAGUGCAAGAAUAUUUCAAAUGUAUCAAACCAUACAAUUAUGGUAAUUAUAAAUUCUUAAAGAAAAUUGUUUCCUUAUAAUUGCUAUGUUUACAGUAAAGGAAAACAAAGCCAUCCACACAAAUCAUUUGGAAACAUUUGCUAAUUCAGAGCCAAAUCGCACAUUUAUUCAUUAAUAAUUCAUUCUGUUUACAAUAUGUGCUAAUUUUAAAGUUUUUCAUAGAGAAGUCUAUGUAAAAAACCAUUUUCUUGUGUGAACAAUUUGUAGAAAUUCAUCAAAAUUCUGUAUAUUUGGGUGAAAAACACCCUUUUUCGUACAAUUUUCUAUUUUAGGCCAAAUCAUAAAAACUUGCUUUGAGUAGCUACAGCUCUCACUGACUUCAAGAAGACAGGCUGGUAUUCACUAUUCAGUACAUCUCUGGAAUUAGUCCUUGGAGGUGUUUCUUAAUAGGAAGUCGGUGGGCUUUUAUGCCUUUCCAUUAGAAGCAUACCAGUUUUUUUACUAUGUUUCAAAUCUCUCUUCUGAGAGAGAGUUAGGAUUGAAAUCAUUAACAGGGCAUAAAAGACCUCAAGCCAAAUUCUACACUGACUUAUUACUGUGAAACUCUGCUCUUGUAGAGAUCCAUAAUGCUGGAUUAAAGUUUAUUGGCUCAUGUUUACAAAAACUUGCAUCUUUAUGGGUUUAACUAUUGCUGCCAAUUUUUUAAAGAUUUUUGCUUAUUUCUCCCAAGGUACAAUUUCAUGUGGGUAGAAAGGGAUUCUUGCAGUCUUCUAACGGUUUCGGAGAUCAAUAGGUUCUGAAUGAUGAGCCAUUUCUGCUGUUUUAUUUACAUUAUCUAUUGAGUCAUGAUCCAUUUAUUGAAAUAAACAAUUCACAAAUUGCCAAGUA